AUGGAUGAAACAGAAAAAGAAUUUGUGAAAUAUUUAAAACUAGACCAUGGACUUCAAUAUAAGGAUGGAAACUUUAUUUAUACUGAGCCGUUAAUUGGUGAAGGACAACUUAAAAUUGAAGAAUACACUAAAGUUUAUAUUUAUGAACCAACUGAAGAGAAGCAGAUAUCGACCUGGGAUAUAAUUUCUGAAAGAUUUCAAACUUUAGAACGUGAAAAUUUUGAACUCACUUCUGGCUAUCUACCUCGAAAACACCUUAAAUUAAUAAUUCCUGUGCUUAAAAUCACAUACAAUGGAAAUCCACUCGAUUCUUUUAAAGCUUAUGUAGAAAAAUCAAGUAAAGCAGAACUAUUUCAGCAAUUUCUUGCUGAAACGAUUUUAGUGGGAGGUGGUUUAAUUAUUAAAAAUGCAUCCGAUUUUAAAAAUAAGUCAAAGUUAGAUAUUUUAAAAGCUCGUAUCAUUUGGAUUAUUGAUGAAAUAAGUCAUGCGCAUAAAUACAAAAAUCCAUUUGGAAAAAACUCUGAAAAUUUUUCGGAAUUAUAUGACUUAGAUAAUAAUCCGCUUCUUGACGAAAAACAAUUGAGUGAUUAUGUGAAUCAACUAUUUUCGUAUGAAAAAUUUUCCGUAAUUGCUUAUGAGAAAGUCAUUCCAUCUUUCACUAGACUUGACAAACAAUUGCGAGAAUCAAUUAUAGCCUCACAUAAUAUGUCAAUGGAUUGGUUUGCUAGCAUUAACAAAAGGCUUGUUCCUGGAAUCACAAGUUUUCAUAAAGAGCAAGACAUAGAUGAUUGGCUGAUAAAUAGCAUAGCUAUUAAUUUACCAUAUUUGAUAAAGAAAUAUCAUAUGGAGAAUGGUCUUCUAAUAACUCAGAAUGGAUUGACAUUCAGUAAAGAAAAGGCUAUAGAAUUUCUGUGCGAACCUGAAUUUAAUUUUAGUGAAACAACUUCAUUAAAAAUAUUUCAUAUAAAGAAUUCAAUUGAUCUAUUAAUGAACAUUAAUAGAAUAAAUACGGAAAAGCAACUCUUCCAAAAUGAUCCAUUCAUAGACUUGCCUGAUUCAGAAAUCAACGCUGUUGCUUGUAAUCUUAUUCAAGAACAAUUGAAAAUCCAAGUUCAUACAGAAAAAAAUAAAAUUAAAGUUUCAAAUCAAUUCAAAGACGAUAUCAAAAAAGCAUUAGAGAGUAAUAAACCCUAUACAAAAUUAGUAAAUGUUUUUAAUAAAUAUGGAUAUUACUUUUGCAAAACUUAUAUGCUUGGCAAUUGCAUAGAAUCAAUGUGUUAUUCUUAUUCUGAAUUUCCAACAGAAGUGUUUAUAAAUUUUCAAAGACCUGAAAUACCAAAAGAACAAGAUGACAUGAUAAAAGAAUGGAAAAAUUUUCAGUUAACACUUAAUGUAAACGCAUUUUCAGGUGAUUGUUCCAUUGUUGAACCCGAGAAUAUUGAAAGGUGGUUGGAUGGAAAUACUUCAACAUACCCUAAAACUUGGCAUGUUGUGAAUCGAUCCAAGUUAAUACCGAUAUGGAAACUUCUUGAUUCGAACAUACAAGAUCAAAUUAGUGAAUUAAUAAAAAAGGAAGAGCGAAUUAUAAUGACUGGGGAAGAAAUAAUAGGAAAUGAAAUUAUAUACCAUAGAAUCAAAUUUGACACACCUUUACGAAGCAAUCAAUAUCAAAUUAUUGGAUCUAUUGUUACAAUUGAUAUAAAAAAAAUAAAUCUGACCGUUAAAUUUCGGCUAAUGGAUUGUUAUGGUUUUUAUGCUAUAAUUGAAGAGCAAAUGAGUUCAAAAGAAGUAUUUAAUAGGUGA